AUGCUUCAACCAUCGGGUCGUUCAGCCAUCCCACAAUCCAUUUACACCGUGUACCAUGCAAACGCUUCCUCCUCAAAACCACUCCCAUCCGUUCUUAUUGACUUUAUCGCUAUAGCACUUUGCGAAGUCAUCCCUUUUCGUGUGUUCCGCCGCCGUUCCAUGCAGCAACUAAAUCCACAAAAUCAACAUGUUCAGCAAACCCAAUCACACGCACGUCCACGACGCUUGCCAGAGCUCCUUUACUUUAUCCACAAAGUCACAUACCAAGCUGGUAUCAAUUGCCGUACAGCUCUUGUUGCUCUCAUCUUGCUUGAUCGUGCCAAGGCAUCAUUACCCAAGAAUGCCGUCAGUAGUUAUGACACAUCCCAUCGUCUUUUAUUGGGUGCCUUACUCACAGCAACCAAGGUACUUCAAGGUACCGUGUGGGCCCCAGCUACACCACCAUUGACCAAUCAACGCCUAUGUGACAUUUGCAAUGGUCUCUUCUCUUUGAAUGACAUCAACCAAGUAGAGCGUGCCUUUCUCAAGUUGAUCCAAUAUCGAUGUUGGGUUGAUGAUAAGGAUGUCAACGAUUAUGUCAUUCGCCACCGCUCUGAUUUCGCCUUGUAA